UCUCUCGCAGUGUGUGUUAUUUUAGGGUUCCAUUCGGCGAUGGCGGCCUUCUUCACGCUCCCGGAGCUUCGAUCGGAGCUACACGCUCUCGGCCACGACGAUGUUCCCGAUCAUGUCAUUCUCGCCUUCUUGUCGCAGCUCCAGAUCACUGUCCCCAAUUGCUUCAAGAGCGAAGAUCGCAGCCCUUUCGAUCCCUCCCGGCCGGCAUCGAGCUAUCUUGAUCAGGAUUUCGAUGAGGACGUCCCCAAGAACACUCGGGAUAGCUCUCCUUGGGAGCAAGAAGGUAUGAAUCAGCAGCACAGGUUCUCGCAUCGCAAUGUUAGAUUCGAGGACAGCCGGGAACUCCAACUCCAGGAGCAGCUCCUUGCGAAAUCCAGCAGCGCCUCUUCUUCCAGGCCGAGCACUCCGCCUCGUUGCAAUGUGGGCCUCUCGGCCUCGGACUCCGACUCCAGCAAGGAGAAUCGAGAGAUUUCUCACAGGGAUCACGCCUCGCAAGCACAGCAAAUUGGUGGUGGAUCGUCGCGGCAUGUUCUUCAGCCGUGCGACAAUGUGGUAUCGUCCACGUUUGACUUUGCGUCCAAGGCCUCUCCGGUGGUGGACGAGUACUUGUAUCCUGGGGAGAUCUUAGAACAGCUCAAGGAGCGCCAGAGGCCUGUAUCGUGUCCAGUGCUGCAGCAGGAACCAUCCGAAGAUCUUUUUUCGGAUCGUGACCGAGUAAGGUCUUUGUCGGCGAGACACUACCGAGAGCGUGACGAUUACCAGCAUGAUCGCCACCACCACCGUCGUCGCUACCAGGAGGAGAGCUCGGACUACAGCUCAAGUCAUCGGAAUUCCAAAGGUGGUGGUGGUUCCCGUAGAGUUUACCAUGAAGAGAGCUCGGAAUAUAGCUCGAGCAAACGUGCCAGUGGCAAAGAUGGGAGCACGUCGGAGGUUGACCACUCGAUAAGUUCGCUGGAAGUUGAGGAAGCUAUUGAGAACUUUGGGAUCAAUCUCAAGCCUCUCAACCUGGGGGUUGUCAGAUCGCACAAUCUGUUUCAUCCAAGAGCAUCCAAGCUUCCAGCCGCUGCUCCAGUCUCUGAGGAUGAUUGCUUUGCCAGGACUGUCACUGAGUCUCAUGCAGCAACGGAAGAGAGACCUUUGUCUGGAGGCACCAAUCGAUCAAACUGCGCUGCUUGUCAGCUCUUGCGAGACUCGGGAACGCCAGAGUUCAGGCAUUUCUCCAUGAAGAAGCACGAGACAGAUGGUGAAGACUCAAUCAAUUCUACUCCACGCACAUUUAUCGAAAGAGUGUCAGACGAUAGAAUUCAAAAUAGCCCGAGCCCUGCAUUCCAGCGUCGUGCAAGUGACAUAAAGAGCCAUUCUCCUUGCCUUUCAGAUGGAUCGUUUGGUGCUGCCAGCAAGAAGGCGGUUGUCCGGCGAGGGAAGAUUGACCGUGUGGCCAGGUUUGCUGAGAUGCAAAAAGUGUGGAACAAAGAUCAUUUCUUGCGAGCUACAAGUGGAAAGCGCAAGACGCAAAGCUUCCACCGCAUGUUUGCGGAAAUCCACGCAUCUAAUGAGAGACUGUAUGCAGCAUCUAGAGCAAGAUCUGUGAUGGGAGUGCGGGAAGAACAGGAUGUCCAACCAUUCGUUCUGACUACAUAAAAAUAUUCAUGCGUAAAAAAACGCACAUUUGUCUAAAGGUAAAACAAAUAGAAAUGUAUUCGUUGAUUGCAUCA